CAUUAUUAACAGCCAUAUCAAACACUCCAUUUGUUCAAGUAUCCAUAUGAUCUCAAACCCUCAAACAACAAUAAUGCAUUCUCACAACCUUCUCCUCUUACUCCUCUUCUUGUUCUUCUUCACCUGUUCAUUUGCAGAACUCUGCAAUCCAGAUGACAAAAAAGUCCUCCUCAACAUAAAAAAAGCCUUCAACAAUCCCUACAUUCUAACCUCAUGGAAACCUGAAGAAGAUUGUUGCACAUGGUAUUGUGUUGAAUGUGAUAAAAAAUCCCACCGGAUCAUCGCCCUCACCAUCUUCGCCGAUGACAAACUCAAGGGCCAAAUCCCACCCAGCGUCGGCGACCUCCCAUUCCUUGAAAACCUCAUGUUUCACAAGCUUCCAAAUCUCGUUGGCCCCAUCCCACCUACCAUUGCUAAACUCCACAAACUCAAAUACCUUGACCUAAGUUGGAACGGUCUCUCCGGCUCAAUCCCGAGCUUCCUCGACUCCCUCUCCGAUCUCGAUUAUCUCGACCUCUCUUUCAACCGCCUCACCGGCUCCAUCCCCAGCUCCCUUGCUAACCUCCGCCACCUCGGCACUCUCCAUUUGGACCGAAACAAAUUAACCGGACCGAUCCCCGAUUCCUUUGGAAACUUCAAGGGAAAAAUCCCUUACCUCUACCUAUCCCACAACCAACUCUCAGGGAAAAUUCCAGCUUCCAUGGGGGGAGUGGAUUUCAAUUACAUUGAUUUGUCAAGGAACAAGCUCGAGGGCGACGCAUCGGUGCUAUUCGGAGCAAAGAAGACGACAGAAAUUAUCAACUUGUCGAGGAACUUGUUAGAAUUCGACAUGUCAAAGGUUGUGUUUCCUCCAACCUUAACAUGGUUGGAUCUUAAUCAUAAUAAGAUCUUUGGGGAAAUUCCGAUGGGAGUUGUGAAGUUGGAGUUGCAGAUGUUGAAUGUGAGUUAUAACGCGCUUUGCGGUCGGAUUCCAGUCGGGGGGAAGUUGCAGAGCUUUGAUGCCUACUCCUAUUUUCAUAAUAAGUGCUUGUGUGGUAAGCCGCUUGGUAGCUGCAAAUGAUGAAGUUGAAGAGACUCCAUAACAUAUUCUCUAUUAUUAUUAGUGAUUUUCUUUUCUUUGUGUUGCUUUUUAAUUAUGUUGUGAGACUUUAUUCAAGUUGGGAUUUGCACAAUUUAGAGUCGAAAAACUCUGGUUUUGGUGUUUUUUUAGCGUAAGGUGAAGAUUUGAAUCUUUGAUCUCCAUUACCGAGAGAUAUCCAAGUAUAAGUGUCCAAAUUAUUAAAGUGAUAUGUCAGUCUUAACAUCUGUAUUUGUUGUA